AUGGGCGGAAGUGUCACAAAACAAAAAUCUGGCGCUAGUUACAAUGAAGGAUGGGUAAUGAAGAUCUUCGAACAAGAGCAUCAGAAAAUAAUAAACGAAAAGGUUGAUUACAGCUACGAGAUAUCGAUGCGGGCGGGAAAUAUUUUGAAAAAUAGAUACUGGUUCUUACCGUGUUUUGAUUAUAACAGGGUGAUUCUACCAACAGAAAAUGGAGGAAGCAGUUAUAUUAACGCUAGCCAUGUCAACGGAUACGAACGUCAGGGCAAGUACUUGUGCUGUCAGGGUCCGCUUCGGUCAACAGCCGAAGAUUUUUGGAAAAUGGUGUUUCAAAAUCAAUCCAGAGUCAUCGUUAUGCUGACAAAGACACAGGAUCACGGACAGGAAGUUUGUUACCAGUAUUGGAGCCCGAAGAAAGGAAGGACAGUGUUCUUCGGUGACUUUACCAUUAAAACAAGGAAAGUAAAGACCUUUCGUGACCAUAUAGUGACCAAGCUGCGGGUGACAGACGACAGUGGAGGCUCAUUGAACCUCACACACUUUGCCUACACUGACUGGUCUCAUAGCAGCGUGCCUCAGAGCCGAUCAGGCUUUCUCAAAUUUGUCCUCAAAGCCAGAAAGGCUCAAGCAUAUGCGGAGUCUGAUAACAAGAGCUCUAACCUCCCUCCUAUGGUAGUCCACUGUUCUGCUGGAGUAAAUCGCACGGGAGUCUUUUGCGCUCUAGACAUCAGCAUAUCAAGAUAUUAUGACAACGGGACGAUCGACCUAAAAACUGUAGUAAUAAAGCUCCGUAAGCAGAGAAGAAACUGUUUAUCUAUACCUAGCUACUAUACAUUUUGUUAUCUAACGAUUUUAGAAUAUGUUGAAUUAGCUGCUAAGAAGAAGUAG